AUGGACAAUCUUGAAGAUGAAGCGAGAUUCACAUCAAACCCCAAUUCUUCAAAUCGGUCAAGAAAAGCCCCGGUAUACGCUCACCCAGUUCACCCGCAAUACAAUUACGAUUACGUCUUAAACGACGCCGUAGAAGAAAAUGAAGACGACGACGAUGAAUUCGACGAAGAAGAAGACUAUAAUACAUCUGUAAGGUACGCUAAUGCUCCCGCUAAUUUUACUAAUCAAUCAAUUGAGGAUGAUUUUAAUCGGUACCCUAAGAGGCAAAAACGGGUCAAAACCCUAGCUUCUGAUUAUGAAUUGGUUCCGAGAAGGUUGUAUGAGAAUAAUGUGAAUUUUUCGUCUAAUGAUUGGAGUGAUCAUGAGAAAUUUAUGCUUUUAGAGAUUUGGGGGGAUAGGUUUUUGCAAUUGGGUAGGAAUAGCUUGAGAUCAGAGGAUUGGGUUGAGGUUGCUGAGAAAGUUUCGGAGUUGUCCAAAAUUAAUCGAAAUGAAGCUCAGUGUAAACUGCUUUUGGAUAGUUUGAAGAGGAAAUAUAAAAAAGAGAAGGCGAAAUGCGGUGGCAGCAGUAGUAAAUGGCCGUAUUUUAGAAAAAUUGAAGCGUUGAUGAAUCGGGAAUUCGGAGGUAGCGGUAGUGGUAGUGGAGGCAGUGGUGGUAAUGGGUUUGGUUUAGCUUGUGGUGUUGAUUCGGGUGAGUUUGUUUUUAUGGAUACGAAUGUGUAUUUGGAGCGUGCGAAUGGGAAUGACGAGAUGAGGGAUAGUCCGUGUGAGUCGGAGGAAGAGGAAGGGGAAGGAGCUGGGAGAAAUGAAGGGAUGAAAGGAUUGCGAGUGUUGGCGGAUUCGGUGCAUAAGUUUGGAGAGAUUUAUGAAAAGAUAGAGAGUACUAAGAGAGAGCAGAUGUUAGAAUUGGAGAGGAUGAGGGUGGAGUUUGAGAAAGAGUUGGACUUGCAGAAAAAGCAAAUUUUAGAGAGAGCACAUGCUGAGAUUGUAAAAAUCAGGGAAGGUGAAGACGACGACGAUGAUGAUUCAGAUGAAGAUGAUGAUUUAGCUGAGGAUGCCAGCGAAUAACAAAGAUAGACAGAAUCAUGAUAACCGAUUGUGGGAUCUCAUGCAAGUAUCCUGUAAAAUGGGCAUCCCCAACCUCUACUACCAAAGCUGCAUAUCUGACCGGUACUAAUUUGACACGAGCACGAAGGCUCGAACUGAUUUCCAACACCCGAUUUUCCGAGUUUUAGCCCUUUCUUUUAUCUGUUACUUUCAUGUUUGAAUUUUCCAAUUAUGUAAUUUUCUCCUUAUCAACAAUCAAUUACUGAUUGACAAAAGUUUUUCGCUUUUGCUCUUCAUGACUGAUUAAUAUGUAUAGAACCUCCAGCAUGAUAAUUUAAUUUCUCAUAAUUCAACA